UCCUUAAAACUCUGCCGUUAAAAUGGGGGCGGGUUUUUCAACUCAAAAAGCGCUCAAUUUUUUUCUUUUCAAAAAAAGCUGAUGAGGUCGGAAAAAAGGGAGAAGAAACCGGCACCGUCUCUGCAGAGGCAACAGAAGCGGCAAUUGUCUCAGCGAAAAAAGCAAGGGAGGGAGGAAAGGAAAAGAGCAGAAAGGGGGACAACGCUCAAGCAGGGGUGAAGGAAGCAGGGACCGGCAAUUUGGGGGGACCAGCUACAAAAGAAACUGUCACUGGCAACGCUGUGGCUCAGGAGGAAGCAGUGCUGCCCAGCUCGGCUCCAGGGCACAGCGGGGACGGCCGCUGCCCUGUCGGCGGCACAGGCUAGGGGCACAGGCCGGGGGACCGCAAGGGGCUGGAGAAGUGGCACAGGGCGCCGAAGCUGCAGGGCUGUCGCCGAGAGGACGGCCGGCCUGCCUGCGCCCUGGAAUUGUGGCGACUCCCCAUACUCAGAGCUUGGCCUGCCUUUCCAAGACCCUCCUCAUCUCCAGAAGCCCCCCAAAAACUGGGAAAGGAAGGAAAGGACGGCGGCGGAGGGAGCUCGAUGAGUGCUUACACUCGAAAGCCUGAGCUCGCUCGGUCCUAGGCGGGAAGUUACCGGUGGGCUGCCCUGUGCAGCCGCGAUGCUGCCGCGAGCUGCCCCAGCGGCCUGGGUCCCAUAGGCGCUUCCCGCAUCGCUCUCCUCCUUCCUCAGGCUGCCGGGAGUACGGGACUCGGUGGAGCCGGCAUGACAAGGUUGUCGGGGUCCCGCCGCGCGUCCGGCAGCCUCCGGAGACGCGCUCCGAGCCGGGCUCCCACGGCCUCUGAGGCUCGGCGGAGCUGCGGCAGCCCGGCGGACGGACUCCGGAGCCUCCCCGCUCAGCGUUAGCCCGCGGCUCGGCCCAGACACGACUAAAGGCUCCUCUGGAGAAGUUGAGAGCACUGGGGAGUCGUUACGAACUGUAAUUUGAGGGCCACAGAACUGCUGCUCCCGUUUGCCUUUGGCGAUCAUCUUUAACCCCCCGGAGCACGUCAGCAUCCAGCCAUCGCGGCGCUCUCCUAGAGCGGAGGACUCAGGACUACCCCUUCGGCGAGACGGAUGGAAACUGAGCCCCUUCGAGGACCUGCCCCUGCAGUUCUGGCUCACGCGGCUCAAGUCACCAUCGUGAGCACGGGACCCUAAAGAAUGGCCGAGCCUUGGGGGAACGAGUUGGCGUCCGCCGCUGCCAGGGGGGACCUAGAGCAACUUACUAGUUUGUUGCAAAAUAAUGUAAACGUCAAUGCACAAAAUGGAUUUGGAAGGACUGCGCUGCAGGUUAUGAAACUUGGAAAUCCCGAGAUUGCCAGGCGACUACUACUUAAAGGUGCUAAUCCCGAUUUGAAAGACCGAACUGGUUUCGCUGUCAUUCACGAUGCAGCCAGAGCAGGUUUCCUGGACACUUUACAGACUUUGCUGGAGUUUCAAGCUGAUGUUAACAUCGAAGAUAAUGAAGGGAACCUGCCCUUGCACUUUGCUGCCAAAGAAGGCCACCUCCCGGUGGUAGAGUUCCUUGUGAAGCAUACGGCCAGCAAUGUGGGGCAUCGGAACCAUAAGGGGGACACCGCCUGCGACUUGGCCAGGCUCUACGGGAGGAAUGAGGUCGUUAGCCUGAUGGAGGCAAAUGGGGCGGGGGGAGCCGCGAAUCUGCAAUGAAUGUGGAGGGUUUUUCCGCAUUGCCUCUACUUUGUCAGUUAAUUGAUUGGCGUUCCUGACUCUUUUAAUGUCGUUUGUUAAAAUUCAGUUUUGUCCUAUUUUAAAGAGCUAGCUAAAUCUUCUGAGACUUCAUAAGUGGAAGCCUUACCACAGGUUCAUGAAUAUAUUUAAGCAACAUCUUUUUCACUUGCAAAAUCCUGAGUUCUAACGUGUAAUUGCAAAUAGCAUUGACUUUCUUCUGAAUAUUUUAUCUUUCCUUGACUUUCCUUGCUUUCCCCCUUUGCCAAUCUCAAUGCCCAGCUUGGAGACUUUGUUUUUAAAAUGGUUUGUCCUGAUGCUUUUUUUUUUUUUGCUUAAUUAAAACACUUUCUCAAAA